ACUCUCUCUCUCCUCUUGAAUUUUGUUUCUCCCUCUCUCUUUCACAGUCUAUGUACUGCCUAUUUCUCUCUCUUUGGUAUCUGUUUCUUUCUGUACAGCUAGAUACAACAUCCCUAAGUGCAAGCUAGAAAUCAAGUGAGCAAAAGCUCCUCUCUUUUUUGGAAAUUCAUCAGAGUAGUGAUUAGAUGAUGCUGUUAAGUGGUCAUAUUUUGAGUGGAAAGGUUGCCUGAGAAGGAUAGGAUGCCAAUCAGCAAUGGUUUGCACUGCUAAUGAUUUAUUGGAUUGGAAAGAUUUCCCUAAGGGCCUUAGGGUCCUCCUCCUUGAUGAGGACACCAAUUCUGCUGCUGAGAUGAGAUCAAAGCUUGAGGAAAUGAACUAUAUAGUUUCUACAUUCCAAAAAGAGAAUGAAGCUUUAUUGGCAAUCUCAAACAAAUCUGAGGCAUUUCAUGUUGCAAUCAUAGAGGUCAAUACCAGAAACAGCAAUGAGGCAUUCAAAUUUCUUGAAACUGCUAAAGAUUUGCCCACCAUAAUGACCUCAAAUAUCCACUGCCUUAAUACCAUGAUGAAGUGCAUUGCGCUCGGUGCAGUUGAGUUUCUUCAGAAACCCCUAUCAGAUGACAAAUUGAGGAAUAUAUGGCAGCAUGUUGUUCAUAAGGCAUUCAAUGCAGGGGAAAAGGAUGUGUCUGAGUCGCUUAAGCCUGUCAAAGAAUCCAUAGUUUCGAUGUUACAGCUCGAAUCAAGAAACAGCGGUGCAGAUGCGCAGAACUCUAAUGAAACGAUUCGAGAAAACAGCCAGGAGUUUUCAGCAGACUCUGAUAAAUACCCGGCCCCUUCCACUCCACAACUGAAGCAAGGCGCAAGGUCGCUUGAUGAUUGUGAAUGCCUGGAUCAAACUAACUUCUUGAUGGAACGCGAUAGCGUGGAUCGAGAUGAGGAAUCUAAAUCUGUCGAAACUACUUGUUGCAAUUCCGGUUCUAGCACUAAUCCCGCAAUUAGUCCACCCGUGUCACUAGUAGAAGCUAGCAUCAAGGGGGGGUGUAAAUCGAGCCCUGAUCAUAAGAGUCGGACCGAAAAUUCUACUUCUCUGCAGAGCACCGAUGCUCCUCUAAAUGUCAGCAAUGAAUCUGCUGCGCCUAACAAACUGUCUAGAGUGAAUAGCUCGAGUGGGACGAAGGUUAAUAAAAAGAAAUUAAAGGUAGACUGGACACCGGAACUGCACAAAAAGUUUGUACAGGCAGUAGAGCAACUCGGUGUCGAUGCAGCCAUUCCUUCUCGAAUACUAGAAGUGAUGAAAGUUGAAGGAUUGACGAGACAUAACGUGGCGAGCCAUCUUCAGAAAUACAGAAUGCACCGUAGGCAAAUUUUGCCAAAAGAUGAUGCAAAAAGAUGGCCUAAUCCAAGAGAUUCAACACAAAGGAGUUGUUUCCCACGCGAUCCUAUAUUGGCCUUCCCGCCAUACCAUUCUCCGUAUUCCAUCCCGAGUGAUCAAUACUAUCCUGCCUGGGUACAACCAGGCAGUUAUCCAAGCGGUGUCCAGAUGUGGGGCUCGCCUUACCACUAUCCCGGAUGGCAGUCUACAGAUAAUUGGCACUGGAAACCCCAUCCCGGGGCACACGCCAAUGCUUGGGGCUGUCCGGUUAUGCCAUCGCCUCAGGGGUCAUAUCCAACAUAUCCUCAGGUGAACACUUGGAACAAUCUUUCGACAUUGCAGAAUGCAUCUGGAUAUUACAGGGCUGAUGGAGUGCAGAACAGAUACCACAUGCUGGAAAAGUCAUUUGAUUUUCAGCCUGCAGAGGAGGUGAUUGACAAAGUAGUGAAAGAGGCUAUAAACAAGCCAUGGCUGCCACUGCCAUUGGGACUAAAACCACCCUCCACUGAGUGUGUCCUCAACGAGCUCCUGAAACAAGGCAUCUCCACCAUCCCUCACAAGAUCAACGGCUCACACACGCGCUGACGUGGCAAACAUAAUUCUUCUGGGCCCAACUGUUCCGGCCCAGCACGUGGCUACAGUGGUCCAAAAGGACAAUGAUGGAAGUGGGCCAGCCCUACCACUGUUUCAUCUGAAUCCCGAAACAAAGCAAGAUCCAUUUCUGAUCCAAUCAAAGAUUCCGUUUCCCCGUUGGCUUUUUCUAACUUUACACGUGCGGAGAAGAAUGAGCCACGUAUCCCAUUUUGAGUGUUGUAAAUUAAACAUAAUACGGAGUAAUAAUUAACACUUUUUCUUAUUCACA